GCGCGCGCACGAGCCGAGCUGAGAACGCAGACAGACGCUGAGACGCGACGCGACGCGACGCGAGGAGACCCUCGACAUUCCGCUGGAAAGUGUCCCGAUCUGACGCCGAGAUGCCGUACAUCCUCAUCAGCACACAGAUCAGACUGGAGACGGGGCCCACAACGGUCGGAGACGAAUAUUCGGAUCCAUCCAUCAUGGAGUACCUUGGAGCCCGAAAAACCAUCAUACUGGGAAACAACUUCUCCGAGUAUCAUGUGGACGAGCCGCCGAGACUCGUCUUAGACAAACUCGACAAGAUCGGAUUCAGAGUUGUCAGUAUGACGGGCGUCGGACAGACUCUGGUCUGGUGUCUUCAUAAAGAGGCCAGUGACGCGCUGUGACUCGACGGCUCGUGUGUUCCAGGUCAACCAGGCGAUCACAGAAUCAACGUUUACAAAAGAAAUAAAGCUACAUGUUUG